AUGGAUAAUAAUCAAGAAUAUUUCAUGAGUUACGAAGACUUAGAGAUCCACAGGCUUAUGCUUGAAGAUGCGUCACGAACAGAAAUGUAUAGAAAAGUAAUAUACGAUAAUAGAAAAUAUUUCAAUAACAAAGUCAUUAUGGAUGUUGGAUGCGGUACUGGAAUUUUAUCUUUAUUUUGCGCUCAAGCUGGAGCAAAAAAAGUUUAUGCUGUUGAAGCAAGUAAUAUUGCUAAUAUAGCUAAAGAAAUUGUUAAAGAAAAUAAUUUUGUGGACAUAAUUGAGGUUAUACACAGUAAAGUGGAAGAUGUUGUUUUACCUAAUAAUACCAAGGUAGAUGCAAUUGUAUCAGAAUGGAUGGGGUUCUAUCUUCUUCAUGAAGGUAUGUUGGACUCAGUGUUAGCAGCCAGAGACAAGUUUCUUAAAAAAGAUGGUGAAAUGUUUCCAGAGAGUGCUGCCAUUUAUGUUGCACCAUGUAGUGUUCCAUCCUUAUACCAAAAGUGGAAUAACUUUAAUGGAAUAUCAAUGUCUACAUUUGCUAAGUACUUAAGAAUGGGAAAGAACAAUAAGCCUGAGAUAAUGCAAGUACAGUCGGAAGAUUUAUUAGGACCUGAUGUUUCCAUAUGCUGGAUAAAUCUAAAGGAAGAUAAAAUAUCAGAUUUGGAUUCAUUCAGUAUUAAACAAGUAACAGGUGUAAGUAAAAAUGGAAAAUAUCAAGGAUUAUGUCUAUGGUUUGAUUGCCAUUUUCCUGUGAUUUGUAAAGAUGAUACACAGGUUAUAUUGAGUACAAGUCCUCGGAGUCCAGUUACUCAUUGGAAACAAACUGUUAUAUUAUUACCUGAAGAACAGGAAGUAGAAGAAGGAGAACCAUUAGCAUUUCAGCUGGAUAUGACCAGAGAUAAAAUGAAUAGUAGGAGGUACAAUCUCCAAGUUUCAUUAUUAGAUCCAGAAACAGUGGAACACCCAAUCCCAUGUUCAUGUCAUAUGACAAAGUGUAUUUUAAUCAAAACACUUGUAGUUCAACAAGCUGAACAAACUAUGAAUGAAAUAAAAAAUAAAGAUCAGAGUGAUAUAUUACAAGAGGAAGAUAUAGAUGAUGAUGAAGAAAUGAAAUCUUAG